AACAAACAUCCAUCCAGAAGGAACGGGAGACGGAGAGAGAAAGAAAGAGAGACAGGAGGGCGAGGAAGGGAUAGCUAAACCCAUCUUAAACCUGUCUGACGCGGAGGGCAGCGCCACAGAAACACAACCGGACAGAGAAAAAGGACGCUACCAGGACCCUGAAACCCUCGACCUUUUUUCUUCUGCCAAGACAAACGGCCACUUUUCUCUGUCGUCUCGCGAGAAACUUCAUCGAUUUUUAGCAGCAAUGGCCCAAGAGACAAACCAGAGCCCGGUGCCCAUGCUUUGUGCCACAGGUUGCGGUUUCUAUGGCAACCCAAGAACCAAUGGCAUGUGCUCCGUAUGUUACAAGGAACACCUGACACGGCAGCAGAGCAGUGACCGCAUGAGCCCCCUCAGCCCUAUGGGCUCAGCUGCUAGUCCUACCUCAGAGGCCUCAGCCAUCCAGAGACUAGAAGCCAGUCUAGCCAAGGUUGAUGCCUCCCCUGCCUCUUCACCAGACAUGUCUAGAACUGUUCAAGGAUCUCUUCCUGUGACUCAACAAAUGACAGAGAUGAGCAUCUCGAGAGAGGACAAGCCAGAACCCUUAGAGCCUGUUGUAAGCCAGCCUGCUGCUUCUAGCCCUACUCCUGUAGCUUCUUCCAGCAGUGAAGAAGGCAAAGGUGACACCCCCAAACCCAAGAAGAACAGGUGCUUCAUGUGCCGCAAAAGGGUGGGCCUCACAGGGUUCGACUGUCGCUGUGGCAACCUGUUCUGUGGCAUCCACCGGUACUCCGACAAGCACAACUGCCCCUAUGAUUACAAGGCCGAGGCUGCCGCCAAGAUCCGUAAAGAAAAUCCUGUUGUGGUGGCUGACAAGAUCCAGAGAAUAUAGAUUUGAAAAAAAUCAGGAGUGACAGCAACGAUGACAACACCCUUGACAAAAGACUGGAGUAUGAGUGUGAACCUUUGAAAUGAGCACUGGCAUGAAUGGCUAAGUGAGGAUUAAAAGGACUUGAUUUACAAAAUUACAACCUCAAGAAAAUAAUGGGAAAAAAAGAAGAAAAAAAAGAAAAGAUCCUGUCUGAGGGAGAUGCAUGAAUGAUCACUUUUCUCCUUUUUUGAUUAAUUCAUUAGUUUGUUUUAUCCUAUUUUCUGUGGUGUGAUUUUGCCGCUGUUGAGUCCUUUUUUUUUUAAAGAAUAUGUAUUGUCUUAUUAAAAGCAGCCCAGGCUAACUGUCCAGGAGGAUAUGCUGUGCUCCUCUCACCCAAAACCAGGCGCCAUUUUGUGCCAAACCAUAGACAGCCAUUUUACUCAGACCCUGUCAUGUGUCAGACACUGGCAGGUUUUUCAAAGCAUUCAGACUACACAGUAAGUUGUGUCCCUCAACCAUUGAACUUUCUGUUCCGUGCUUCGUCGCUACUGGAGUCAGCCAACGUUUGGAGAACCGUACAACUGUCCCCCACUGUGCACAAGGGGCUUUGUUACUUUGUCUCUGUCUUUCCUAGCUUUACCUACCUCACAGCUGCUGUGUUAAGCUUUGUUGUCUUCCCUUUUUACUUUGUUUUCAUCAGCUUUGACCCCAGCGGAACAAUGGAUCAUCUUGAUAGUCGGCCUCAGUGACCCUGUGAUCAGCAAGUCCGCGUUGACUCUGAUCGGUUUGAUUGUGACGAGGCUGUUUCCAUUAUGGCUGGAGGUAUCAUGCUAGACAGGGACAAACAAACUACUCCACGUUUCACUGAGUCUAAACAUUUUCAAUGGAUAUAAGUGGGUAAAGGAGUCCCCCCCCCAACUGGUCUGAGUUCAGAUUGUAAUCUCAGACGUCUGGCGCAGGGCUGUGUGUACCAAUGUGUGGCCUGGGAGGAAGGACGGCACCCUUCCCUGGCAGGCCUGGUAGGUGACUUUAGGCUACAAUAUUGUAGGGGCAUGAAUGAAUGGGAUAAAUGCAUGAGUUACUCUUCAUCUACAUUAGUGUUUCAGAAAUAUUUGGCAUCACUCAACUUAGGGUUUCAGACAUUUUAUUUGCUGAGAGACAAUUAUCUGUUAUGUUGUAUUAGCUUUUUUUCUCUUCCAUUGAUAUUGUACUGAUGUUAGCGCAUGUAUUCAGUGCAUUUGUGGAAUUAGGGUAUGUGAACCAUGAUUUUCUUUUCUGUUUUCUUUUUUAAAAUGCGCUAACAGAACGUUCAUGUGAGCCGUGUGUGCGUGCGUGCGUGCGUGCGUGCGUGUGUGUGUGUGUGUGUGUGUGUGGGUAGGUGGGUGUGUUGUUCCCCCAACCCUUUUUGUCUGUGGAGCUACUUGGUUUAUCAGCACAUGUUUACAGAACUACAGGAGCAUGCCAGAGCUAGAUUUAUGAAAAAUAAUAGAUACCAAGAUUAGAUGUAACUUCUCAUCUGUCUAACAGCUAUUGGUCCGUGUGUCUGCUAUAGAGCACCGUAGAGAAAAGUGUGCGUGUGUGUAUUUGUGUGCGUGCGCAUGCACAUACCUGUGCAAAAGUGUGUUUUCAUGGCUGCCUGACACAUUGAAAACCAUGUAUGUUUGUGACUUGUGUUAAUCCCCCCUUUUUUUCUCCCCUGUAAGGAUGUGUUUUUCAUUUAAAAGAUAACUGUAUGUAUCCGUUUGAGUUUUUCCUUUCUGAUUCUUAGUUAUAUGCAAAUUUGUACAAAAAAUGAAAAAACAACAAACUGUGUUGAUAUUUAUGUAUUACAUAUAAUCUUGCUAUCCAGCAUUACGACAGAAUAGUAUCAUGUAAAUAAAACUGUACAGAGAGACAUUA